CGCASCCAAAUCAACGAGAAACAAUUCCCAACACCACAACUCACGGCCGCAAACACAACAACGAUCGGAACAAAAAAAUGGAAACGUCUUGCCCUUGCUCUGCGAACAACGGCGAAGGUUCCUUCGAGGUCAACCUGACCCACCAGGGAAAAUCCAGGACGAUUCGGGUCUCCGCCGCAACCACCGGGCUCGAGCUUCAUCGGCGAACGCUGGAAGCCGUGUUCGGCGUUGCGACCGCCACCGAUCCGGAUGGCUCCCCGACGGAGCUCCURAAGCUYCUYUUCAAGGGCAAACGAAUCACGCCGCAGGCAGAGACAAUCCCCUUUGCGGGUCUUUCCGCAUCCAAGAACAAGAAAMCGCCAAAGAUCAUGGUGAUCGCAACGAACACCUCCGCCAUCGAGGAACUGGCGACGAAGCGAUCCGAUCCCACCAUCCGCGGGUUCGACCAAGAAAGGGAUGCCAUCGAUCGACGAAAGGCGGCGAGCGCAUCGAGCAGGCACUGGGCGGAUUCCAUGGUCCAAGACAGGGACUACAAGUUUGUCCGCAUGAAGGCCUGCACGGACCAUUCCUUCGGCCACAGGUCGACCGAGAAAACGCCGCACGCCUUCCAGGCCAUGGAGCUGCUGGAAAAGAUGGCGACCGAUCCGGGGGUGGUGGCCAUCAUGAGGGAGCGCGAGCUGGUGGUCGGUACCCUGGGCGAGAUGGACCCCAUCGACGACCGCAUCAUGCAGAAAACAGAGGAGCACGGGGGCUGCCUGCUGGGCUACAACACCAACCGCGGCCUCCGGAUCGACCUCAAGCUGCGGACGGACGAUCUCUCGGGCUUCCGGCCCUACCCGGAGCUGGUCAAGACGCUGAUCCACGAGCUCUCCCACAACUGGGUCGGCGACCACAACCUCCUGUUCUGGACGAACUACGCGCAGAUGCGGGCCGAGUACCUCGCCACCCACGCCCGGCUGCGCCGAUCGGCGGUGGUGGUCCGCGGGAAGAAAACGGCCGAGCUGGCGGGCCUGGACGACCGGGAGCUGGGGGACGUCUUUGGGAGCAUCACCGCCGAGCUGGUCCGGGAAAUGGCGCAGCACGGCCUGCACCCGGGGGCCAUCGAGGGGCCCCUCCGGCAGCGGAUCGCGGAGCUGGAGGAGGAGACCCUGGCGCUCGACCGCGCGGGGGGGAACCGCCUGGGCGGGGCGACCUCCGGUGCUUUGUCGUCGGCGAKGGAGCUGGCCUGGGCGGCGGCGGAGCGACGGGCCAGGGAGCAGCAACAACAGCAACAGCAGCAGCAGCAACAACAACAACAACAGAAACGAAACGGCGGUGGCAAGGGCCGGUGACGCCCGUCGAGUGCGAAAAGGAGGAAGGCUUGUCUCUUGUCUUGYAUCGAGAGAACGAAGCUAGGAUCGCACUGCUGUGCGAUUAAAGUAUAAAACAAAAC